AUGACCUCGAGUGUCGGAACGCAGACCAUUGAUGUGUAUCAAGAUUGGUGCGAUAAAUCUGAUGAAGAAGCAGACUUUGUUUGCACUGCGAUACUAAAUCCGGAACCUCUCCAAGGUAAACUUCUUCUGGAACCCGUAAAUGAGUUAUCAAAAAAAUCUUCUGAUCAGUGGAAUGACGAUGAUCUUAUGCCGAUAGUUAAACUUCUCGCCGGACGACCUUAUAUUGAUGGAACGGGAGACAAUUUCGAAGGGGCUAGCGCGUUUAAUUUAAUCAAAACAGCCGGUUCAUGGCUCCCUCAACUAGUCAAUUGGGCAAAGGUUUUUAAUGGUCCUAAACGGGUGGAGCAAUCCCAACACUUAUUUAGAUGGCUUCAAAACACAGUAAAUGGGCUCAGGUUGUACGUUUUUAAUACCAAUUCUCCAGGAAUACAAUAUUGA